AUGAGUGUUGUCACCAGUCGACCUGAACGGUCCCCAAUCGCCUACGAGGCAAUCCCCCACCAAAGCCAUGUGGUCUCCGACUACAAGCAACCCUACGCCGUGUCAAUAGAUACCUCUUCAUCACGAAGCCCGUCCAUCUCGUCAUCUUCGAGCAACUACAGCUCCUCAACCGCACCGACCGUCUACUCUCCUACCUCUCCCACCUCUCCCCAAUUCUCCUACCGUGCGUUCAAAAACCCCAGCCCGCCUCCAAAGCCCACCGAACCGGCCUCCAAGCGGUUGCCGCCCAAGGUGUACGAUUGCAUCUUGACCCAACUUCAGUCCUUACAUGACGGAUUAUACCAGUCAGGUUGUGUGACAUGUUUCCAGCGAGAUCUGCACGCUCUGUCCCUGACCAGCCGGGCUUGGGAAAGGGCCGUCAGGAGUAAGCUGUACAACCGAAUCCACAUCACUGGAAAUGAUUCCCCAGCGCAGCUGAAAAAAUACCGCCUCAAAAGAGGCAGCCGCUUGAAGCUCUUACGGCGGACCUUGCGGGAGCGGAAGCUGCUGGCCAACCUCGUCCUCGAACUUCGGGUUCCCGAGAUGGAUAUGCCUCCGGUGGUAAAUGGCAGGCCGAAUCCGCAAUGGGAAGAGUAUCGCGACCUGGUGGCCUCCGUCGUCAUGGUGUGCCCUAACCUCGAACGGCUGGUGGGCUUUGAUCUCUCCUACCACCACGAGUUUGACCGCCUCACCUACGCCUUGUCGACGCGAAAGAAGCUCAAGGAGCACAAGUGGAUUAUUGGUGAGACAGCAGGGACGGCAGCCGAGCGUUUUCGCACUGGGUCUCCGCCCCGGACCCUCGAACAACGCCAGGUGUUUGAGUUCCUGGACUAUCAUGUCGCGUGGACCAAUCUUGAAACCCUGAUGCUUCACUCGCUCAACAUGAACGGUGUAUUGGAGCAUGGUGUUUUUCUCCGGAUGUUCAACCGUCUCCCGUCGCUUCGGAAUUUGUGUGUCUCAUCCUUCGAUGCGAACGCAUUCACGGAUCGGACUCUCCUCUUCCUUCCGCCUCUGGAGUCGCUGCGCCUUGAGAAUCUCCGUGGGGUCACUGAUGCCGGCCUGGCUCAAUAUGUCUCGCGCCAAGAAGCUCAGGGCCUCAAAUCUUUGACUCUCAUCGAGCAGAACAUCAAGUCCCUUCUCGUGAUAUCCAAGAUCUUGGCCUCUCUGAGACAAUUGGAGAGGUUCAACAUCGUUCAGCCGAACACCUGUCCCACGCUGCCGCCCGAGAGCAUGGUUUUCCAACCGAUCUUGGCCUCAGCCAGCCUUAAAUACUUACAUUGGGAUGUUGCCGGCCCGGAUUCCGCCAAUGCACUCAGCAAACUCGACUCGGCACCCUUUGUCCUGCCACACAAGCCCAGUAAUACGCCUAACUUCCACCUAGCCCAGAGCAUUCUGAAUGCCGGCUUUCCGCGCCUAGGACACCUUCGAGCGCCUUCUGACAUCGAUCCGCCCGGUGUGUUGCAGUCCGUCUGUCGACCCAUACCCAACGGUCAGGCCUUGAUCCCGACAGACCGAUACAGCCUGCCGAGAAGUUCCCAUGGAUCUGUCAGCACAAGGCCCUUGGCGUUGCCUAGUGGAAACAACCUGACGUCUGCUCGCAUUCGGGCCCAAACGUUCAUCGAUAUGGCCGCAAAGGACACCGAAACUGGGAUGAAAGUGGUCAUCACCGAUUACUCGGACUCGUAUGUACCGGACAAUGCGCUGGAGUGCCCGUCUGACCAGGAGUCGGAUCUGGACGUGGACAUGUUUGGCGCACCGGUCCCUGCGGGUACGGCCCAAGAACCCAAUCGGUCACAGGAUUCCUCGGAUGGUCCUGUCAAGAUGUACGAGUUCAGAAUGCCGGCCAUCAUGGGGAGAGUGGGCACGACGGUCAACUCGACUGAUGUCUCAAUACCGCGGUUUGUCCUUCGUCCCGAUAUUCCCGGAUCCGACGCGGACGGUGGAAUAAUGGGGUGGAAGCACUUGUUGGCUUCAAACCAGUCUCUCUCUUACGCAGCUGGAAUUGGGUCCGGACAAUCGAUCCAUCGUACGGGAAGCAGUUUCAGCAUGGAGGAGCCUCUAUCACCAGUAUCUCCGAGCACGUCGCGGUUUGCUGGUUGGAGCGGCUUUGGAGGGCGUUCGGCGAUCACAGCCACUCCAGCAACUCCGACGAGUCCUCCAACACCGAUGACAUUCUCUUCUUCGACACUACCUCCCUGGGCUCGAGACACCUGCAAUGGCUCUUGGAACCAGGGACAUAAAAACGGCAAAGAUUGGUGGUUUCACGUUGAGCGUGAACGCCAAAGCCAUUUCGAGAUUAUUGAAGCAAAGCAGUUCUUCUAA